UCUUCUCCACGUUCAGGUUCAGCCCAGCCUUCCUUGUGGACCAAGGCCCACCACCAGUGGCUAACCCUAGUUCUCCACCAUUUCGCCCCCCCGUCGCCUCUCUCUCUGUGCUCCUCCUCCCCCCGCUCGCAUCGACCUCCCCGCCAUCCCGUCUCCUGCCUCGCUUGAACGCGCGCCCGCGCCCGCGCCAGCACUUCCUUCUUGGCGUGGCUACGCGCGCGUGCGUCGCGGUGAUAUGUCCUCCCCCAAUCCACGUGCCGGCGGCGACCCCUUCUCCAGACAGCAGAAUCCUAAUGCCCCGCCUCGCUCCGGGCGUUCCCCGCCCACAUCGCCGGAGAGGGGUGCGGCCACCGUGGCCGUGGGCGAGCUGUUUUCAGACCUAUCCAUCCGCCGCCCUCAGCCGGCCGGGAACGAUGACGAUGACGACUUUAUCGUCGCGGAGAUGAUCGGCCUCGGAGCCCCCGCGCCCAUCGAGGACUUUGAGGAUGUUGGGCUGGCGCCCGCGGUGCUCGAGAAUGUGGGGUACGAGUUCCCUACGCUGCUCCAAAGUUUCUCCAUCCCGGUGGUGAUGGCUGGGAGGGAUCUCUUGGUGGUGUCGUCCGCCAUGUCUACAGGCAAGUCGGCUUCGAUCUGCCUCCCUGUGGUCAGCCGGCUCCUUCAGACCGGGCCAGGACAGCGUAUCGGCAUCCCCAUGCCACGCACUGUCAUACUCGCGUCCACCAUUGAACGCGCAACCGCGAUUUACGAGGAGGCUAAGAAGUGCUCGUACAACACCCACCUUUCUGUUGUGAUGCUGAUUGCAGACUCUUCAUUAAUUUCCCAGGUUUGCAAUGUCUCCUUUUACUACACAACAUUUAGAUUCAUUCCACACACAUGAUGAUUAUUUAACCCGUUAAGUAGCUCAGCGCAAAAAUGAGGUUCUUUUAGCAACACUAGGAGGGGAUGAGUCCAGUUACAUGAGGGUAGGCAUUUGUCAGGCCAAGCCUGAAUCCAUUUGUCAACUGUUUCUUUUCCUUCCAGUUUGGUGCGAUGAGUCCAAAGCUUCACAGAUUAAAUACACUGCUUUGCAACUAUAUUUGGGGGCAUAUAAAUCCCAUAAAAAACGUUGUGCUUCCAAGCCACCUAUGUAGUCAACAUAAUUAGCUGUGAUCACCCUGUGCCAUGCUGGGCGUUUGUGCACAGGGGCCUCACAUGGUCACUCCUUGCAGCUGUUGAAAAUCUCAUCUAACUGGGUGAAUCCAGAAAGAUCAAUCACCAACCCCUUAAGAUCGCAUUUAGUGUGAUCACAGUCCAAAGCAAA